AUGUCUUCCAAAGCGGGCUACUCUCCUCUGCUGGGUGCAUCACCUCAGGCUUGUCAUAAGCUGUGUGACGUAGCUUUUCCCUCCAGUGUGAAAGGGCAAACUCUUCCCAGUGAGGCAGACGGUGGCGGGCAGUGUGAGUCCGGUCCACCUGACUACAGCAGCCCUGCGGGGAGCGCUCACCUGGGGCCGGACGGGGCAGAGGACAGUUCUGUCAUGGACAAGCUGCUGCACAAGUGCCAGAUCAGAAGCCAGCUGGCCAGGGAGUGCAUGGCUGAAUGUCUGGGAGUCUACAUCAUAAUUCUGUUUGGAUGUGGCUCUGUUGCCCAGGUGACCACUUCUGAAGAAAGAAAUGGCCAGUACCUGUCAAUCAAUCUGGGUUUUGCUCUGGGGGUAACAUUCGGAGUCUUCGUAUCUCGUGGGGUCUCGGGGGCUCAUCUGAACCCAGCGGUCUCUCUGAGCUUGUGUGCUUUGGGCAGACAUUCAUGGCUGAAGCUGCCGUUCUACAUCUUCUUCCAAGUGCUGGGAGCGUUUCUGGCUGCAGCCACCGUGGGCCUGCAGUACUACGACGCCAUCCAGAAAUAUGGGGGGGGUCGGCUGACGGUGACGGGACCGACCGCCACAGCAGGAAUAUUCUCCACCUACCCGGCAGACUACCUGAGUGUGUGGGGGGGAGUUGUGGACCAGGUGAUCGGCAGCGCGGCGCUGAUGCUGUGUGUGCUGGCCCUGGGGGACCAGAGGAACACCCCCGUCCCUGACUGUCUCCAGCCCGUCCUGGUGGGGGGGGUCGUCCUGGUGAUCGGCAUCUCCAUGGGCUCCAACACGGGCUAUUCCCUCAACCCGGCCAGGGACUUUGGACCACGGUUGUUCACGUAUAUCGCUGGCUGGGGAGCGGAUGUUUUUAAGGCUGGAGAAGGCUGGUGGUGGGUUCCCCUGGUGGCCACGUGUGCCGGGGCUCUGCUGGGGACGCUGGUGUACGAGCUGAUGGUUGAAGUCCACCACCCUCCCCUGGCGUCCGACUGCCAGAUCUCAGGCCAGGAAGCCAAUAAGGCCAAAGCCGGGCUGGAGCUGGAUGGGGAGUUGUUCCAUAUAAAAUGUUAAGCUGUUAAAGAGGGAAUGGUCAUUUCUAUGCUACAGCUGUCCUCGUCUAAGGCCGACUUAUUGGUACCAGGAGGUUGAGUGUUAAAUCAGUUUGGUAGCGCUACUUAAUUGCAGAGGUGUCAAAAGUAUUCAGUUACUCAGGUAGAAGUAUAGAUACUAGAGUUUAAAAAUACUCCUGUAGAAGUUGAAGUAUCAACUCAAGUUUUUUGCUCAAGUAAAAGUAUAAAAGUACUGGUUUCAAAACUACUUAAAGUAUAAAAGUAAAAGUAAUGUAAGGGGGAAAAAAGCCAUUAAGGACAAAAGCCAUUGAAAAUUAAUGUAUCUUAGUAUAAUGCAAAUAUAUUAAAGAAGCAUAUAUGUGUACUAUUGAGCAUUAACAUGUGUUUCAGAGAGCAGGAGAUAUGAUGACUAGUUGCCUAUAAGUAUUGUAAUGGUGCAAAAAGUCAAACUUCAGAGGCAUGUUAUCAUUUAUCCUAACCUUUAUUGGAAUGUACAUCCAAGUUUAGUUGCAGGAAUCUGAGGGAACGGAUGUAAGAACAAAACUGGACAAGAACAUCUGAAACAACCACAACCAAAUUCACUCUAUCCGGAUGGAGCAAUUUAACUGGAUAGUUUUUGUUUAAAGGCAGAAAUGAAAUGGAGUAACGAGGCUGUUUUUAAAAUGUAUGGAGUAAAAAGUACAGAUAAUUGUGUGAAAAUGUAAGGAGUAAAAGUAAAAAGUCGUCUAAAAAAUAAUUCCUCCAGUGAAGUAUAGAUAACCAAAAUUUCUACUUAAGUAAGGUAACGAAGUAUUUGUACUUCGUUACUUGACACCUCUGCUUCAUUGCUUGGCAACCAUUGAUGAAUUGGUUUGAAUUUCUAUGAAACUUACUGACCUCGCUGAGCUAUCCAAGUUCCUGUGAGGAGGACUGGAACGAUCCUACUGACGUUGUGAAGCUUGUAUUAGGAGCUAGUGUUUAAAGGGCUAAACUAAAGGAUGCCACGAUGGUAAAGAGAAUGUUUUACCGAGCUUUGCAUCAGUUUAACCAUGCACGGCUGACGAUUAGUCCAGCAGAGGACGGGGAAGUGAAACGAGUCUGCUGCAGCUGUCUGACAUAUUAUCACAUUUAUUUUCAAACAGCACAAAAGUGUAUGGCAUUUCAGCAAGCAGACCACAACCAUGGAAAGUAAAAUGACAUAGUUCCACUAUUAAGCCAUAUAAAUAUGAUAUAACAUAUAAAAGAUACAAAUAAAACCUUUUUUAAAAAAUCCACUUUUGCCUCCAUCACGUGACCUUGAAGGCUGGGAGAUUAAGAAAAAAAAAAAGUACAGCUAGCACUGAUCCUGUAGAUAAAAAAAGAACCAUUUUCAUACACAGUAAGACGACACAUCCCCCAUCUUCAUCCAUUUUUUUUUUUUUUUUAAAUUACACUUUGCACCUAAUUUGGGGGAUGGGGAGUUUUUUUUUCUUCCUUUUUUUUAAACUUCAGUUUUGAGAAAAAGGGGAACAGUACAAGUACAAAUACUAUAUGUAUUCACAUUAUCAUAGCAAGUUGCUAAAAUCAGAAUGCUUUCUGUAAGUGUAAUUAUUUACAUGGCAAAAACUCGUACACAAACAACAGACGGGGAGUCUGACCUGUUCUAGCUUAACGAUUAACAUCACACAGUAUUCACACAACACAGGCUACAAACCUUCAACCUCGUCUCCUGAAAUGCUUCUCUAAACUCGUGUGUUGCACUCGUUUGGUGCAAGGGACUCACAAAUGCCAAAAGCAAUGUGUUUUUUGUAUAAAUAAAUAUUAUAGCAAUAUAUUAAAAAUAAAAAAAAAAGUGUCAUUGUUCAAACACUCCCCUUCAUGCUUCCGCUGGAGGCGUUAAUGCUGAUCUAAGGGUCUGGAAACUGAGCGUGACCUUUUGAGGGCGAGCAGCAUGAAUUUAGCGUCAUGUAGAAAAAAAACCAAAAUGUGGCUGCAAAACUGGUCAGAAGUGCAGCGGGAGGCGUACGUGUCGGUUACAUUUACAGACAGACAUGUGGCUACAGUCAGUGCAAAGAGAAGAGUGGUGGAAAUGAGAGGACAGGGUGGAUUAGACACAGUAUGGCUGAUAUAAUAAUAAUAAAUGCCUUAGUUGGGAAAGUGUUUUCUCACAAGUCUACCCACGGGUGAGUUCAGUAACGGGAUCAAACAUGCAGUUAC